AUGUACAGACCAACCCCACCCCCGCCGGUACCACCGCCGAAGCCCAGCAGUCACGACACCAGCCGCCUCGGCACGCCAGCGAUCACGAACUCUCCUCGACCACCGCCGCCCAUACCGGACCAUGGCUUCAAUUGCAUGGAAUCCAAAGGGAAGGCUCCGGCUACAGAUGCUUCGGGCUUGAUCCCAGCGCCGAUGGGGCAUGCGCAGACGCAGCCCAUACCAGACCCUGGCGAGCAGUGGCUGCCGAAGGUAUUGGAGGACAAGUCAAAGCAAGACCUCGCCGAGAUCCUCAGCAACCCCGAGCUCCUCAACGCGCUGACGGUCUCGCCGUCGACGAUCCACCCGUCGCUCGCCGCGACGCAGGACGCGCUUCUCGCGGCGCUGAACGACAACGUGGGACUGGCCUCGCACCUGACGGAGCUGGAGACGCGGCUGGCGCACCAGCGCGCCGCGACACAGGCGCAGCUGCUGUCGACGCACGCGCUCGAGCGGCAGUGGCGCGCCAAGCAGUCCGAGAUGGACCGCGCGCUGGCGCCCUUCAGCCCCGCCGCGCUGUACCAGCGCCUCGGCCGCGGCCUGCAGGAGCAGGAGAUGAUGUGCGUGGCGCUCGAGGAGAGCUUCCUCGAGGGCGACGGCGCGGACGAGAACGGCGCCACGGAGCGCGAGACCCUUGAGUGGGUGCGUCGGUACCGCGAGGCCAAGAGGCUGUACUACUUGCGUGCUGAGCGCAGGGAGCGGUGGAAUGAGCGCCGGGUUGGGGGGUGGCGGUGA